CUAUAAUAGCCCCCUCGGCCCCUUCGACGAGGCUUAGGCAUCUUCCAAACACGCCUAACAUCAGCUCUUCGGCCCCCACUGGACCUGCGGCAACAUUUCCCUCAACAUUUCUUGUUUCCAUCUUGACCUCAACCUCGACCUCGACCAGACCAGGUCGACAUUGUUUCGACUGUGGCUUCAAUGUCACCAGUCUCACAAUGACAUUGACCUCAUUCCUCCAGAAGAUCCCGCAAUUGGGAUCGAGGCAAUAUGCCCGCAUCGGUGCGGCUAUGGUCAUGGUCUUUAUCUUCUUGUCGUCUUUCUUUUAUUUCGACCUUCCCUUGCCGACCAGAGUCGGCAGUGUAAAAGAUCAAUCUGCCAAGGACUCGUCAUCGUCAUCAGGUCCUUCGGUCGAGUUCGUUGUCGCAUCUCUCAAGGGAGACGACUCUUCCUGGCUGCAGGAGUACAUCUCUAAAUGGAAGACCAACCUAUAUGUUGUCAAUGACCAAUCCGCCCCCUUGACCGUCCCCCAGAACAAAGGCCGCGAGGCUAUGGUAUACCUGACGCAUAUCAUCAAUAAUUAUGACAAUCUACCCGACAUACUUAUAUUUAUUCACAGCUUGAGAUAUCAAUGGCAUAACGAUGAUCCACUUUACGACGGCGUCCCCUUGAUGCAGUCCCUGCGAACCCAACAUAUAAUUGAACAAGGAUACGCCAACCUUCGCUGUGUGUGGACACUGGGCUGCCCAGAUGAAAUCCACCCACUUCAGGAGAAUCACCGACCUUCCAACGAUCAGGCAGGCCACACGCAAGAAGCCUACGCCGAGGCAUUCAAUCAACUCUUUCCUGGACAGAAUGUGCCCGAAACCAUCGGUGUUGGCUGUUGUGCCCAAUUCGCCGCCUCGCGAACCACAAUCCACACUCGCCCGAAGUCUGACUACGAACACUAUCGUGAAUGGCUCCUAACUACCACCCUCGAAGACAGUAUCUCCGGCCGUGUCAUGGAAUAUUCUUGGCAUCAAAUCUUCGGCAAGCCGCCAGUACAUUGUCCUGAUGCCUCGUGGUGCUACUGCCAGACUUACGGCCUGUGCAAUCUCACUUGCACUGAAAACAGGUGUGGUGAUCGUUGGCAUUUCCCACCUAGUGCCUCUAUGCCCAAGGGAUGGCCCGAAUAUGGCUGGCAAGGCGAGCUACGUACCAAGGAGCAGUUGGAGGAGAUGAGACUGGAAUCUAUGCCACACACGGAUGGUGCGGAUACCGGUGGUGUUGCUGCGGGUUGAGGAUAGCGUACGGCGAGUUCAUUUCUUUGACUUGACGGGCAUGCACUCCAUGCGUUGAUACCGAAUAUCGCCAGAGCAUGAUCGCAGCAGCCGACCCAGAUCACGCCAACGGCGGCGAGAGAGAUGGCGUAACGACUGGCCUAUCGCUAUAUACCACCAAGGCACCGACAGAAUGGCCUUCAUCAUGACCAUCACACUCAGCCUAUGAUGCAGAAUCGGGAGCGGAUGACAUGAGAAGUAUUCCAACGGCCAUCUUCUGGCACAGAGCUCUCCAACACCUGGAAACGGUUUUCAGAACGACAUGUACCUGUCCGAUCCGUCAUUUGUCCGUUUCGUCACCGAACAUAUAUAUGUCCUGAGACAACAAGACCGUGCCAGACAUAGAACCGGUGUUGACAGACUUGACGGAAUCAAGGACAGGUCCCUUGGAUGCACAAUUUGGAUAGUCACGAGCAGGAGGGGCCUUCCGAGAGAAUUCCUGCUGGUGAUUAUUGUCAAGACGGACGCGUACAAGUGAAUGAAUUCAUAGAGCGGCGGAUCGCUGCACCCUACAGGUACUAACGACAUCAAUCGACAAUCGACAAUCCGAGAGUUGUCUCUACAUCGAUAACUCUCGUAGCUCGUGUCCCCCCUGAAUUCAGUGUCUUAAUUCUUUCAACAUUAUUAAGCUCCAGAUAAUGACCUUCCUACGCCAUGCCAUGCACUUCUUGCGUCGCAGUCAAUGGGUAUAACGCUAGGAACACAAUGAUGCCCC